AUGCGCCGUAAGACAGCGAUCCCCACAGCUCGAUUCCCACCCGACUGCUGCCUCCCGCCGGUGCCACAAACAGCCCAACUCGGCCGCCGCUGCGGAGGCCACCCGCGUCGACCUAGCCCCAUUCGGCCGCCAUUUUUCCAGGACCUGACCCCUGCCACAGAACAAAGCCCCAGAGCGAGCCGUCCAGGCUUCCCAACUCAACAUCCCUGCCGCUCCGCCCUGCAGCUGCUGGCGUCAGACGGUGGAGCCCCUGCCGUAUUGCGCAAGAAAGCGAGGUCGCCAUCGUGCCAGCUCUUUGUCCCACGCCGAUGGAGCUCGCUUCCAGUCUGUCCUAACCACACACCCUACGCCGCCCAGCGCCGCCCUCUCUCCAGCUCGGCCGCGUCGCACCACCCCAAGCUGUGCGCCGCCGCAGAUAGCGAAGCCCAACUGCACGCGCCUCCAUGA